CCUAUGAUUAGACGACUAAAGUCUAGAGGCACAAAAUCAAAUUUCAGCGAUCAAACGCGUUUGAAAUUCAAUCCAACGCCAACGCGAUUAAACUUCUUUCAAUUUCGAUUAUACCGAACAAAAUCAAUAAUCGCUUAAACAAUGAAGGAAGAUAGCACCGUUAGGGUUUCUUCUUCCAAUGAAGCAUCUGCAGCCAACGAAGCUUCGCAAACAAGACAGAGAAAGAAGAGAAAGUGGGAUCAACCGGCAGAGUCAUUGGUAUCAGUUGGAAUGGCUAUCCCUGGAGUUCUCCCUUUGAGCAAUGCCGUGCCUCUCGGCGGGGUUGCAUUUUCGGGCGUGACUCCAGUGAUCUCCGGUGCUCUUUUGACAAAUCCAUUGGCAGCUGCAGCCCUGCUUCAGCAGCAAAGCACGGUGGUGGCCCAAAAAUUGAAUCAACAAAAGAUCCAAGAUGAGUUGGUAAUUGCUCGAGAAAUAGUCAUAAAUGAUGCAGAAUCAUCUAUUCGUUACAAGUUGACAAAACGCCAGACACAAGAGGAGAUCCAGAGGUGCACCGGUACUAUAGUUAUAACUAGGGGGAAGUAUCGACCACCCAAUACACCACUCGAUGGAGAAAAGCCAUUGUAUCUCCACAUCUCUGCAGGAGCUCAUAUAAAAGAUACGGCGGAACGGAUUUUAGUUGUUGACCGUGCUGCUGCGAUGAUUGAAGAAAUGCUAAGGCUAGGACAAAAUUCACAGUCAAUUUCUUCUGCAUCACCUUCACCUUUGACUAAUGGAGUGAAGGUACUGAGCACAUGUGUGUUUUUGGGCUUUGAUGCUGACCCGUCAUGGAACAUUGUUGCCCGUAUACGUGGACCAAACGACCAGUAUAUAAAUCACAUUAUGAAUGAAACAGGAGCAACAGUAAUACUGAGAGGACGUGGUUCAGGAAAUGAUGAAGGCUCAAAUGAAGAAGCUGGACAGCAGCCUAUGCACCUUUUUUUGUCUAGUAACAAUGCAAAAAGCCUUGAAGAUGCUAAGUGCUUGGUGGAAAAUCUUUUGGAUACAAUCAGUAGGGAAUGUGGUGCUUCGAGGAUUUCAUCAUGUAAAGUUUAUAGUGCUGUUCCACCUCCACAGCAGGUGUAUACGGCUGUUCCACCUCCACAGCAGGUAUAUACUGCUGUUCCAUCACCCCAGCAGGUUUAUAGUGGCCCUUCAUUGCCAAAGCAGAUGUCUACUGCCAUUUUACCCCUACAACAAGGUUAUAGUGCUGUUCCACCCCCACAACAGUUGUUGGCUGGAGUUCAGAGUUCUGAGGCAGGCACAGGCGUAACCACUGCGUCAAUAUCAAUGACUGCAGUUUCGACACCAGUUCCUCCAACUUCCUUGGUUGGAGUACCUUGUGUCAUGACUGCCCUCACUUCUGGGACUACACAACAAUCUACAGGAUACCUAAGCUCAGGUCCUCAAGCAAACAUGAUUGGUUAUAUUCCUCCUUUAGUAUCAGGUGGAACUAGCUAUAUUGGAUAUGGUGGAAUAUAUCCUCAAGCUACCCCACUGCAACAAGUUGCCCUUGCCCUGAGGCACUCGCCUCCUGUUGCUUCAACAGUUGCUCCAACAACAUCGGCAUCAAGCAGAGAAUCCAAGUCAACUACAAGCUCUGAUCAUGAAAAAGAGGAUAAACGGACACCUCAGAGGCGGAAGUUUCAAGAACAACCAGUUGUUUCAAAGGGCACAAAACUCAAUCAGGUAUUUUCUCUGACCUUCUAUGAAGCUAAUAUGCUGACACUGGACCUGUCAGGCCGUUGGUUUGUAUGUUUGACAGGGUUUUCAAUUUUGGAGAGUUUGCUUGUGGCUUCACAGUAUAUGCCCUUGCCAGUCCAAAUGUUAUUCUGAUUUUUCUCUUCAUUGGUAAAGUUGCUGAAAGUUAUGCUUUGCCCUCAAGUCCUGCAUCGAUGGACUCCAAAAGAAAACGAGUGUGCUAUAAUAAGAAAAAUUAAUGAAAUUUUAAAAUUUGACGAGGGUUGGUAAAAGUUUGAUUGUAACCUCAAACGUCAAUUUGAAAUACCCCCGGGUCAUUUGUAAAAUGGUCAUUAAUGUCACUUUAAUUAAAUAAUAAUUUACCCCAACUUUUUUAAAAACAAUGAAAUUGAUAAGGGUCCUUUUUAGGUUAUCCAUUGAAAGGACACUCUUGAAUAUCCAAUAUUUUUAAAACCAUCACAAACCAUCACAGUUCUUUUUGCAAGACAUGUUUAAUCUUGAUAUUUGGCAUCAAUGAAUGACUCAUGGCAUUGAUGCUUUUCAUGGCAUUUGUUGACGUAGGUUAUCACAACAAAUUCCUAUUCAGGUUGCAUUUUAAUUAUAAUAAUUAAUUAGCUAUUUAAACGGAUAUCAGCCUGCAAAUUUUCCUUUCGGCUGUUAUCAUCGCUGUGACAUUAAAUCAAGUUAUUAUAGGAUAAUAAUUAACAAGUUGUUUUCCUAUUCAUUCUAUCUUGUAUUGUUUUCUGUAUUUGUUUUUAUUUUUUAUAGUUCAGUCUCAAUUGACUUGUAGUGUUUUGCAUUGGAACAAUUAGUAAAAUAACUGAUUCAGAAGUUGUUUGUAUUUUUGUUUGUUCCACUCUAACUCAAUUGCAGGGAUUGGAACUUCUUAAACCCAAUGAACAAUAUGAUGGGUUGGCGUUGAGGAAUAUAUCGACUAUGCCUGCUCCUAAGAAGUUGAUCCAGCCAUCGUCCAAUGGAUUUCCACCACCCCCACCAAGAACUAUGCCUCCACCACC